CUCCGUCCACCAUCCAAGGCAACAUGGUCCUCGUACUCCUCAUAGGCGACCUCCACAUCCCCUACCGAACACACGACCUCCCCACCAAAUUCAAGAAACUACUCAUACCGGGCAAGAUACAACAGAUCCUGUGCACGGGGAAUGUCUGUGAUCGGGAGACGCUCGAGUACCUGAGAGGGAUCGCAGGGGAGGUACAUGUCGUCAAAGGAGAUUACGACGAGAACCCGGCCUUUCCUCUUUCCCUCAUAGCGCAACACGGUCCAAUCCGACUCGGCGUCCUACACGGACACCAAACCGUCCCCUUAGGGGACCAAGAUGCUCUCUCUGCUCUCGCACGACAGAUGGACGUCGACGUGCUCGUCUCUGGUGGCACGCACCAGUUCAGCGCAAAGGAGCAUGAAGGGAGGUUCUUUGUCGAUCCGGGCAGUGGGACGGGGGCUUGGGCAGGGUAUUCGGAGAAUGAUGGGGUUCCGAGCUUUGCACUCAUGGACAUACAGGGAAGCGUGAUCGUAACCUUUGUCUACCAGCUAAUCGACGGCGAGGUCCGGGUAGACAAGAUCGAGUACCGUAAGGCUGCACCUGGACCUACUCCAACGGGAGGCAUGUCAGGCAUGACCAGCCCCAAGCCCACACCGCCGCGAGGUGCAGAGAGUGUCUGGAGCGGAGCGUGAGCCAAGGCAUCACCAGCAGAGUGGGGUGACCACGGGAUCUCUUUAUGGGUGGAAAGCAGACGAGUGUGAGUACGCGGAGGAAGGAUAGAGGUGCGAUGAUGUUUC